AUGGAGAUGGGAUUCCUAGAGUUCACUAUCGGAACGCACAAGGAAGCGAACAAAGUCCUUCGCAACACCCUUGCCAUGCAAGAGCAGUCGACACAAGACCUCCGCGACACCAUUACAGUCCAGAAGGAAGCGAGACGUGACUCCCGUGAUACCGUCAAGGAUCUUCGUGAUGUCAUCAAGGACCUUCGAGAGCGCAACAGCGACCUCUCCGCAGCAUACAACGACCUCUCUUUCAAGAACGCGGCCCACGUCGACCAACGAGACGAGCUUCACUCGACCAAGCUUGCGCUGGCCGAGCUGAAGAACGAGCAUCUUGAGCUUCGCCUCGCCUUCAAAAGCAAAGAGAAGAUCAUCGAUGAACUCAACACCAAGAUCGAGGAAGGGGAUCGGCUUCUCGCCCAGUCGCAGUCACAAGUACAGCAACGAGAUCAUGAUAUCUCUCGUUUGCGUCUCGAUGUACAUGGACGAGACAAGGAAGUCGAGAAGGCGUACAAGGAAGUUGCCGAGCUCAGGAAGAGUGAAGGAGCCAAUAAGGAGAAGCAUGAGGCCAAGCGAGCGGAGUUGCGGGAGCUGAAGGAUGAGCUAGAAGAUAUGCGCAGGUACCAUACGGACCUCCAAAGCCGGAACAUCGACAUCACCAUCGAACUUGACCAUCAGCGUUCCACCAAAGACGAGCUCACUGUCGAACUCAAGGCCAAGCAUGCAGCAUUGCAGACACUGAAGGGUGAGCAUAAGGAGCUUCAGGUCACCUACAUGACCAAGACCGGCGAGCAUAGCGCAGCUAUGAACGACCUCUCAGCAUCGUACGAGAUCAAGAAAGCAGAGCUACAAGAGUUGAAGGAUGAGCUGCAAGAGCUUCGCGACUACUACAAGGGCCACGAAGAGGCCAUGGAAGUGCUGACGAGGAAGUCCAAGGAGCAAGACGAGACUAUCGUUGAGUUGAAUGCUCAAUUCAAGGAGGUGGAUGAUGCUAUCGCUGUGUCACAGCAGCAAGUACAAGAACAAGUCGACGCUAACACCGAGCUGGCGAAGCAACUUACCGAGGCUAAGAAGAGCGAGGGAGGAGAUGCUGAUAGUAUCGAGGUCAGUGAAGAGUACCUGCAACAGCUGCAGGAAAAGGAUACCGAGAUCGAGGACCUGCAAGAGCAAGUCCUCGGAGGCGUGUCCGACAAGACGGCGCGUAAGCUUGCCAAUAAGCUGAUGGUCAAACAUAAGAAGCGUGGCGAGACUCUCAAGGAAGUGAAGCGGCAGGCAAAGGCAAAGGAUGACCACAUCGAGAACUUGCAAGGAAAUAUUCACAGCUUGGAGAGCACGAUUCGCAGCUUGGACAGCAAGAUUCACCUCUUGGAGGCUGAUUACUGGACUGAUGAUUGA